AUGGAUUGGUCUUCGACGUUGUCCAAUAUGGGCGGACAAUUCUCCAACAUGCUGGCACUCGCAUCAUCGUCGCAGAUGGGACUGCCAUCACCGCAGUCGGACGUUAGGCCAUCUUCAGAUCAACCUCAACAUCGUCAACGGACCCAGACCCAGCCGACCAGCAUACCCAACAAUGACUACCUGAUGCCCACCUACACGGGAAAUCUCGACGGCAUGAUGUCCCAGAGUGCUCCUGCGCAAUUCCUCGCAUCGCCCUUCGCGUCGACCGCACAACCUCUGACCUUUGGCGGGCAGUCUUUUGCAGAGUUCAAUGAGAUUCCCAUCUCUUACAGUCACAAGAGACCGCGCUUGAUGGACGAACCACGCAUAUUUCAGCACAGUCCGCAGCCCAAUCUGGCGCCAUUAGGACCUACGUCGCAUCCUCGUGACUACUUGGAGCCUCAAGGACAUUCAGCUGCCACGUCCUUCUUCGACGAAGGUCCGUUCGACAUUGAGAUGCCAACGGAUGACUUUACAUCACAGCAAGAUUACCCGAACCUGAAUCAAUACGACGUUAAUCAGCACCCUUGGGCACAACAGCAGCCUCAACAGCUUGUAUCGAUGCAAAGUUCCAUGGAUCAUUCUUCUGUUAUGUCUGGCUCGUACACCCCGCCAGGCGCUGACCUACCUCCUUUCUUCCGCGACGAUGUCAACACCUGGAAUCACGAUACACCACCUCCACUCGUUGAUAUGCAGAGCUGGAUCGACCAAGCUACGCCAUUCGUCGAUCACCUACUGCCACGCCUCGACACGAACCUUCUCGCUCCACCUGCGUCCUCGAUCGCACGCUCGCCCUCCUCCGCGUCCUCCGUCGCAUCCUCAUCCUCUCGCCUCGGCUCUUCAAGACGCAACCGGGACCAGAUGACAGCCGGCGACUUCGCCUGCUACUGGUGCGCCGCCGCCUUCCCAACCUCGCUCGACCUCACGCACCACCUUCGCUCGCACGCACCAUACGCCAGUCGAAACCAUAUACAAAUGUCAAGAACGAUGAUCUGGACUAUUGCUCCAUACGCCCGAGUAGACAAUGGACAGAGGAUUUGCAUGUGA